GUUGGCUUCGGACGAGACUCGCGGUCUGGUUCUCCGCUCUUUCAAUCCACUUCCCAUCGCACUUCCCGAUUUUCUCUCUCUAAAUAUAUAUACCAACCCUCCUCUCUCUCUCUCUCUCUCUCUCUCUCGCCGGAGAUCGCCAUUGAUUCCGGCGAGAGCUCGUGGAGGUUUCGAAUAUUCAAAGCCUCACUGGCGAAUGCUUCUCAUAUUAUAAACAAAAGAAGAGAGAAAGAGAGAGAUCGAUAGAGGAAUAGUUUAUAUAUAUAUAUAUAUAAGGGGAGGGCUUGCGUGCAUUGAUGGUGUUGAUCAUCUUGCUGUUGCCUCCUUGGCUUAUGCGGCACUCCACUCUCGCUUGGAUUGCUUGGUUUUGGUCUUCCCAUGAUUCGAUCUCUGAGUAGCUAGCUUGGGUUUCUGGGUUUGUUUGGUGGAGUUGUUUUGUGUGAGAAUCAGAGCGAGGAGUAUCUUUUGAAUUUCGCGAUCUGUUUGAAUUCAAGGUGUUUGGAUUUCGUUGGAGAGCGCCAAAGAGAAAGAGGUGUGAGAACUUUGGAGCUUGAAUUAUUAUCCUUAAAGUAUUUGGUGUUUAUUAAGCUUCAGGAUGCCAACAGAGAUGAUGGAUCGGAGGCAUCUGUCUUUCUUUUCAGAGGAAAUCUGCUUCCCCACCGAGAGACAUAUUGGACUUUGGAAGCCUGACUCAGUGCCUGAUCACCAGGGUACAGAGCGAAUGGCAUUCAUGCCAGGGAGUAAGUCAGUUUCUUCAUCUUCGAUGGAAAAGCUUCAUUUCUUAGGGUCCAGGCCUCUGGAAUGCUUAGAACUUUCACAGCCGUAUGUCUUCAAAGACCAGAAAACUAAAUCCAGUCUUAAUCCGAGUUUGGUGAGAAUGGAGAAUACUGCCACCAAAUCCAGGACUUGGAGAACUGCAGAAGAUUGCAGCUCAGCGUCUGAUUUGCAAAUGCAACACUCAACCCGAUGCUUGGAAGGAGGCAAACUUGGUUUAAAUGGGGUCCAUUAUGAGAAUGAAAAUGCUCUCUUCUCAAGUUCUUUAUCCGAAGUAUUUAAAAGAACAUUGAGGUUGUCAUCCAAUGAUUCUUUUGAACAAUAUGCCAAUAAUUUUAACUCCAAAGUCAAGGAUGAAGACCCAUUUGAAUCCUUACAAGAUGUUGAAGCCCAAACAAUUGAGAACCUACUUCCUGAUGAUGAUGAUUUAUUCUCUGGAGUCAUUGACGAUCUUGAUUGUGUUGCUCGACCUCAUGUUGGUGGUGAUUUUGAAGAUGAUCUUUUCUGCAGUGUAGGAGGAAUGGAACUUGAGGUGGAUGAUGGUUUCAAUUGCAACAAUGUCCCUGAUUCACUUGAUGGUGGUGCUGUCUCUGGUCAGCAGGGUGGGUUGAGUAGUGCCUUCACUGGUGAACAUCCAUCCAGAACACUUUUUGUGAGAAACAUCAAUAGUAGUGUUGAGGAUGCUGAGUUAAGGGAUUUAUUUGAGGAAUAUGGGGACAUCCGUGCACUCUAUACAGCAUGCAAACAUCGAGGUUUUGUUAUGAUAUCAUACUUUGAUAUAAGAGCUGCAAGGAAUGCAAUGAAAGCUCUUCAAAAUAAGACAUUGAGGCGUCGGAAGCUUGAUAUACAUUUCUCUAUUCCAAAGGAUAAUCCUUCAGAAAAAGAUAUUAACCAAGGAACUCUUGUUGUUUUCAACUUGGAUUCUUCUGUUUCAAACGAAGACCUUUGCCAAAUUUUUGGUGCUUAUGGAGAAAUCAAAGAGAUACGUGAAACUCCUCACAAACGGCAUCACAAAUUCAUAGAAUUCUACGAUGUUAGAUCUGCUGAAGCUGCUCUUCGUGCAUUGAACAGGAGUGAUAUUGCAGGCAAGAAAAUUAAGCUUGAACCUAGCAGGCCUGGAGGUGCAAGACGCAGCUUGAUGCAACAGUUAUGCCCAGAGUUGGAGCAGGAUGAAACUAAUGGAUGCCAACAUGGGAGCCCUCCCAAUAUUUCGUCAUCAGAUUACCACGAGACUAUUACGAUGGGCAUGAUCACCGCCAAUGGUCUUGAUAAUGGUGUUGCCCAGGGCCUUAACUCUUCAUUUCAAACGCCAGUUUCUACAUUUAUGAACACCAGAAUUCACGGGAUCUCUCCUAAAGUGGUUCAUAGACUAUCCUCUCCAGUCAAUGUUACAUCAAUUGGCAAUCAUGCAUCUUGCCUUGUUGAUCACAAUCAUUCUGUCGGGCAGAUAAAUUUUAGCUUUCAAAGCAUGCCGGCUUUCAGCCCUCACUCACUUCCAGACUAUCAUGAGGGGCUAAUAAAUGGCAUCCCAUGCAACUCACCAAGCACGAUGUCGGCAAUGCCUAUUAACAUCAACCCCAUGAGUGUUGAAGGAAUUGACAAGAGGAGCAUGCAUAGAGUAGCUUCUGGUGGUCUCAACAGUCAUUCCUUUGAGCAUAACGGAACUGGUCUUGGAAGUUUGGGAAAUGGUAGCUGUCGGUUGCAUGGACGUCAAUUAUUUACAAAUAAUUCCAUCUCUUAUCAACACCAUGCACCGGGGCCUAUGAUAUGGUCCAAUUCACCUUCAUUCAUGGAUAGCAUUCCUCCUCAACAUCAGCAACAUAUGCAUGGGAUUCCAACAGCACCAUCACCAAUGAUUAGCCCAGCUAUGCCUUUGCAGCACCAUCAUGUGGGUUCUGCACCUACCAUAAAACCUUCCAUUUGGGAUAUGGCACAUGUGUUUUCUGGAGAUUCUGCAGAUUCUACUACUCUUCAUCCAGGUUCUCUGGGUAGCAUGGCUUUUUCUGGCAGCUCUCUAUUGCAUCGUUUGGAGUUUGCUUCACAAAACAUCUUUCCUCAUUCUAAUGGAAACCAUGUAGACUCUUCUGUUCCCUCAACAUGCAUCGGAAUUCCUUCACGUCAGCAAAGUUUCCAUAUGUUUCAUGGAAGGAAUUCUAUGAUGCCGAUGCCUGCUUCAUUUGAUUCUCCAAAUGAGCAUGUAAGAAGUCGGAGAAGUAGUGAUGCUAGUGGAAAUUUGUCUGAAAAUAAAAAACAAUACGAGCUUGAUAUUGACCGCAUUCUCCACGGUGAAGACUCCCGGACGACGUUAAUGAUUAAAAACAUCCCCAAUAAGUACACCUCUAAGAUGCUUUUGGCUGCCAUUGAUGAGCAUCAUCGUGGAACUUAUGAUUUCAUUUAUUUGCCUAUUGAUUUUAAGAAUAAAUGUAAUGUGGGCUAUGCUUUUAUCAACAUGAUUAAUCCGCAACAUAUAAUCCCAUUUUUCCAGGCUUUCAAUGGUAAGAAAUGGGAGAAAUUCAACAGUGAAAAGGUUGCAUCACUUGCGUACGCUCGUAUUCAAGGGAAAGCAGCUCUGAUUACUCACUUUCAAAACUCUAGUUUGAUGAAUGAGGAUAAACGGUGCCGUCCUAUAUUAUUCCAUUCGAAUGGUCCAAAUGCAGGUGAUCAGGAACCAUUUCCCAUAGGUAACAACGUCCGAACGAGACCUGGCAGGUCUAGAACCAUCAGCAAUGUAGAGCACAAUCAAGGUAGCCCAACCAAUUCUGCUCAUGGAGAUGAAACUCCCAAUUUUACUGAUUCUUCCUCCUGAUCCACAACAAAUUCAGAGUGAUACAAAGAACCUGUUCAUUCUGGGUGCUAUCAAGAAAGAAUUCAGUUUGUACCAUGAUCUCAUUCCCAGUUUUUCCUUUACCUUCAAUCCUCAUUAUCUAAUGGGGAUGUGCCAAAAGGAGCAACAAGAGUGAAAUGUACAGCAGUUUGAUGGCAGUCAGAGAAAAUUAGAGAUGACGAUGACGAUGACGAUAACUGAUCUGCAGUUUUGAUAAAACCUUCUGUGCAUUCCAUCAUUCAUGUUCAAAUUCUCCAUUUUUAGUUUUGCAUAGCCUUGUUGUUGAUGCUAUCUUUUGAAAAUUUUGCUGAGCCACUGCUCAAUGUUUUUGUGUCUUAUUGUGUCCUGUUUACUUACAGCUCAGAUGAAUACCAAAGUAUUUGAAUCUAUGAAACAUUUUGCAAAUCUUUUUGUGCU